ACCUAUAUAAGGUUCAUUCAAUUAAUUUGAGACUGAUUUGCUGCGACUGAUUGUCUGAAGAACCUUUACGUGAAUUCUGAAAUAUCUGCAUCAAAGUAGUUAUGGACAGCUCACCAGAACUUUUGGAUUUUGAUGCUUCAGAUGAAAAUGGUCCCGAGAACAGUGGAAUAUUUCUGCGACAGUGGGAUUCACAGGUUCGGCCCUACAUCGAGAUGAUUGACUUCAUGAGGACAAUUGGCAUUGAGAGGGAACUUGCACUGCCAUCCAUUGCAGUGGUUGGAGACCAGAGCUCAGGGAAAAGCUCUGUUCUAGAGGCACUCUCAGGAGUGGCUCUACCUCGUGGCAGUGGUAUUGUCACUCGCUGUCCACUGGAGCUUAAACUCAGGAAGCUGAACAAUGGGGGAGACUGGACAGCCGUAAUCUCCUACAAAGAUGUGCGAGAGACAUUUAAUGAUCCCACAGAAGUUGAGAGUUAUGUCCGAAGGGCGCAGAAUAUGCUUGCUGGAGAUGGAGUGGGAAUCUGUGAUGAUCUUAUCAGUUUAGAGAUCACAUCACCUGAUGUGUGUAACCUCACACUGAUCGAUCUACCUGGUAUAACAAGAGUACCAGUGAAAGGUCAACCUGAGGACAUUGGAGACCAGAUUAGACACCUAAUAUUGAAAUUUAUUGCAAAGAAAGAAACCAUCAAUCUGGUUGUUGUCCCCUGCAAUGUUGACAUAGCAACCACAGAAGCACUUAAAAUGGCACAGGGUGUGGAUCCUGAUGGCUCAAGGACUUUAGCAAUAUUGACAAAGCCAGACCUGGUAGAUAAAGGAGCGGAGGUUGACAUCCUACAAGUACUUCAGGGCAAAGUUGUUCCUCUCAAAAAGGGCUACACCAUUGUCCGAUGUAGAGGCCAGAGUGAUAUCAAUGAAAACGUGUCGUUGGCUGAAGCCACACGACAGGAAAAAGAGUUCUUCACGAACCAUGCAUACUUCAGUUAUCUUCUUGAUGAGGAGAGGGCCACAACUAGCUGCCUUGCCACAAGACUCACUAAGGAGCUGGUCGAACAUAUCAAGGCUUCCCUUCCAUCAUUAAGAGAGCAAAUUCAAAUCCACCUUUCUUCCGUGAGAGUUGAGCUAAAGCGUUAUGAUGAAGGUCCUCCUUUAGAACCAAAACGGAUGGGGCCUUAUCUUAGCAAGAAAAUAUUGGAGUUCAGUGACCAGAUAAGCGAGUUGUGUAGAACAGGGGAAUCAGGAAAUGGAAACCUUUACUCUCUCCUUCGACCAGUGUUCAAUCAAUGGGAAUGCCACCUGAGUGACUCCAAAUCAUCCUUCAGAGAGUUAAUAAGGGAGAUGACUGAAAAAUAUGAUGAGGUCCUUCGCGGGAGAGAACUGGUGACCUUCAGUGACUACUGUGCGUAUGAAUCAAUGGUAAAGAAACAUGUUGGAGACCUUAAACAACCAGCUAUGGAUACAUUGAAGCUCAUCCGAGGUAUUGUGCAGAAGGAGUUUAGGGUUAUGUGUGAGCUAUGUUUCCCAAAUUUCCCUCAUCUGAGACACAUAAUACUGAACCUGAUUGAUGACAUUCAGUCAAAGCAAGAAAGCAAGGUGGAGAAGAGGAUCCAUGAGUACAUCAACAUGGAGAAACUUGUUUACACACAGGAUCCCAUUUUUACCCAGAAAAUUGUGGAUUUUAAAUUUGUGGAAAGGAGACAGGAGUAUGAGUCGGUUUGUCUAGAUACUGGAGAGAAUGCAACCUCACCCAAAAACUGUGCUGUCUUUGACACCAGGAACCUGACACCUGAUAAACUUAUCAUCUACUAUGAGAUUGUGUAUCAGCGUCUAGCCGACUACAUUCCCAUGGUGAUCCUGCUCUUUAUACUGAAGGAAGCUGCUAUGAUGCUGCGGUCUCAUGCUAUGGACUUGCGGGAUGGAGCAGAUGUUGUGAAACUGCUCGUGGAAGAUACAGAAGCUGGGCGACAGAGAGCAGACUUACACCAACGCAUGGAGCGACUGCGCCUGGCCCAAGAAAGGAUCAGUAUAUACCUCUGAGACAGAACUUGAUUCUGGACCAGCAAUGCCCUGUCUUAUUUCCUUACAUUUAACCACUAAAAUACAAUAGGUUAGAGCUGUUUGAAAGUAAGCAGCAAAGGAAAGUUCAUCAUUACAAUCAUAACAAAGUUAGUUUAUGGUAAUAUUGUUUCUUUUAAAUUACAUUUAAAAAAGAAUUCUACUGGGGGUGGGGGGGGGUGGCUGGGUAGCUCAGCAAGUAAAGACGCUGACUACCACACCUGGAUUCGCAAGUUCAAAUCCAGGGCGUGCUGAGUGACUCCAGUCAGGCUUCCUAAGCAACCAAUUGGCCAGGUUGCUAGGGUGGGUAGAGUCACGUUGGGUUAACCACCUUGUGGUCGCUAUAAUGUGGUUCUCGCUCGGUGGGGUGCGUGGUGAGUUGUGCGUGGAUGCCGCGGAGAAUAGCGUGAGCCUUCACACGUGCUAGGUCUCCGCGGUAACCCGCUGGACAAGCUACGUGAUGAGAUGCAUGGAUUGACGGUCUCAGAUGUGGAGGCAACUGAGAUUCGUCCUCCACCACCUGGACUGAGGCGAGUCACUACGCCACCACGAGGACUUAGAGCGCGUUGGGAAUUGGGCAUACCAAAAAGGGGAGAGAAUCCCCUCCCCCCCAAAAAAUAAAUAAAAAUAAAAUAAUUCUACUUGUUACAAAGUGUUCUCUUUAUGUGAGCUUGGUGUUAUCUUUGAAGGUGUGAUUUUAUCAAAUGUGUGAGAAGUCUCUAAAUAAAAGACUUUAAAACA